UCCACUCCUUCUUACCUACCGGGUUACACGACUCAUUUAAAGGCAUAAACAAAAAACAGGCAAUUUAAAAUUGUAAAUAGAAAAAAGUCAUGAGAGGUUAAAGUUAUAAAAAUUUAUAAAUGAAAAUAAUUUUCAAUUUUUGUUUCAAAUUUAAAUUUUUAUACUAAAUGAAAAAAUUAGAAUUUAUUUUAAAAAAAAAAACACACACACAAAAUGACUGCAGAAUGGCUAAAAAGAAAAGAAAUAGAAAAAAUUCGUGCGAAAAAUGAAACAAUUUGUGAAGCAAGAGCCACUGAAAAAUUACUGGAAGAAAAACGAUUGAAUGUAAUAUGUAGAGGUGAAGAGUGUGACUAUCAAAGGAUUUUGUCUACUGCACGAGAGGAAAUUGCGUUUGAAGAAAAUUUGACUCAUAAAAAAAAAGUCAUUCAACAAGCUCAUUUGGAUCGUGAAUGGACUCGAAAACUUGCCGAGGAAGUUUCCCGUCUUAAAAAUGAAGAAACGCUACAGUUGAAACAACGUCAGCUAUUAGGAUCGACUUCCCUCGAACUUCGACAAUUGGAGAAGCAACUGAGAAACGCCUACAACGCUAAAUCUUUGCAAAUUCAACUCAAUGAGAGAGAGGCAAUUCGAGCGAACACCAGAUGCCGGGAAUUGCAACAGGAUAAAGCGAUUAAGGGCUGGUAUCAAAAUGAUCAUUUGGAGCAAGAUAAUCGUGUUCAAGCUUAUGAGAAGCGAGAACGUUAUCGUCACGAUUUGCAAAAACAAUUAAUAAUUAAUUGUCAACUCAAGAAAAAUCGAAAAUUCACCGACAAUCAAAACGAUUGUAAAUUGAAUGAUGAAAUCAUUCAACUUCAUAGAGAAGACGAGGCAAAAAAAAUAAGGCGAAAAAAAGAAAUGAUAAUUAAACUCAAAGCCGAGGAAGAAUUAUUUCUUCGAGCUAAAGAAAUUGCAAAAUGUGAAGAAAAAAAAUUUCUUCUCAAUGAACAUAAUCGGAUCCAACGUAUAAUUGCAGAAAACGAAAUUCUAGUGAAAAAAGCUAAUGAAAUAAAGAAAGAAAAAUUGGCAGCAAAAGAGAUAAUGAGAGAAAGAAUAGCCUCAAAAAUAUUGGACGAUGAAAAGAAGAGAAUGGAGCGUGAGUAUAUUAUCAAUACGUUGCACGAUGAGGAAGAGAAAAUCACUAUGCAAGCAAAAUUGAGAAAACAGUCCCUGGAGAAGGAACGGCUAGCUAAAGAGUUAUUGGAGGACAUGCUGAGACAGAAGAAAAUAAAGGAUGAACGUAAAGCACACGAUGUUGCCGUUGACAACGAUUUUACUCAAUAUAUCGUUGAACAAAAUCAAAUAGGCGUCAAACAAGAAAAAGAUAAAAUCCAAGACAGACGUCUACAAGAUCUUCGUUAUGGAGAAUAUUUGAAAGCUGAGAUAGCGAGGAAGAAUUUGAUGAAAAUUGAAGAAAAGCGACGACAAGAUGAAUUAAUUUCUAAUGAUAAAAAAGCAGAAAAUAUUGAGAAACAAAAAGUUUUCGAGGAAUAUUCUAGGAUUAUUAAAUUGAACGCUCCUCAAGUUGAAGGAUAUUUCAAAUUAAAAAAUGUAUCAUUUGAAAAUUUUGAAAAUAUUUCCAAACAAAUUUAUGUGAAUCAAUCAAUUUUUUAGAAAAUUAGUCAAAAAUGUAAAAAAAUAUCAUUCUUAUAUUCCGAUAAAGUUAUAAAGUAUAAAUUAA